UUCCCCCUUCAGAAAAUCGUAAAGCCCUAAUUUGUCUUCCCUUUAAAAACAUUCAUCUUCCCCAAAAACCCUAACACUCAAAUUCAGCUCAAGCUAUCACAACAAUGCCGGCUGGGCACGGAUUGAGAUCGCGUACCAGAGAUUCAUUCUCGCGGGCGUUCAGAAAGAAGGGCUAUCGACCUACCUCCGCACCUACAAAAUCGGAGACUAUGUGGAUGUCAAAGUUAACGUUUCGAUCCACAAAGGCAUGCCCCACAAAUUCUACCAUGGCCGAACCGGCCGGGUCUGGAACGUCACCAAGCGUGCUGUCGGCGUUGAAGUCAACAAGCAGGUUGGUAACAGAAUCAUAAGGAAGAGAAUCCAUGUCCGCAUUGAACAUGUUCAGCAAUCACGAUGCCACGAAGAGGUGAUGCUAAGGAUCAAGAAGAACGAUCAGUUGAAAGCUGAUGCAAAGGCACAGGGUAAAAUCAUCAGCACAAAGAGGCAGCCAGAAGGGCCGAAGCCCGGAUUCAUGGUGGAAGCAACAGUAGGCUCAUGCUCUUCAAGAGCUCACAUCGUAAUGAAAGCUAUCUCAGCGGCCAUGGUCAUCCUAGUCGCCCUCGCUCUGGCCUUCGCCUCUGCUGUUUCAACAUUGCUUCCGGAGCAUCAGUGUGUUAAAAAUCUGCAGUCCACCACCACAUGUGAUGCAUAUAGAUGUGAGCAAAGGUGUUCUACAAUGGCUUAUGGUCAUGGAAUGUGUAGUGGCACCAAUUGCAUAUGCACCUAUUUCUGCCCCCAGCCUCCCAAAUAGAAGUCUUUCUUUUUUUCCUAAUACUAUUCAAUUUCAUGUACUCCUGAUUUACAACAAUAAGAGAUUUCUUCCAAUCUCUUGUGUUUUUCUAGAACUAUGUAUACCUUUAUUUUUAUUGGAGAUUGGAGAACACAUUGCUGGAUUUA